AUGCAGCAAUGCAGAUGCAACAACUCUUCUUCCCCAGAACUCGAAACAAUUAUGCCUUCACAUCGGACUACUCAGCGUGUGCUAGUGAUCGGAAUGGCUUUUUGCCUCCUCAGCAACGGAAUCUGCUCGACAAUACCUGCGGAGAGUAAUGAAAAGGAUGCGAAAAAGAAAAUCGCCAACGAAUGUCCAGAGAGUUCGCCCUGGCCUUGCCGUGAGCCAGGCUUCUGUCUUUCAUUCGACUUCAUCUGCGACGGCGAGCUCGACUGUCCCGAUGGCUACGACGAGGAUCGAGAAAUGUGCACAGCAAAGCAAAGACCUCCCGUUGAAUAUCUCUUUCGCUUCAUUCAACGAUACCAAGACUGGCUGAUCCCCACAUUUUUGGGCGAAGGAACAUCACUCGAGUUGGCUAAAAAACUUGUCGAGAGCCCGACAAUCGAGGACUACGCAAGAUCUGCGCACCUGACGGAGAAGCAGUUGGUCAACCUCAAUAGCUUAAUCGAGGGUGUAGUGCAGCGCAAGGAGAUGUACAUGGUCCUCCUCGGCAUGCCGUUGGGCGCCUGGUCGGAGCUUUUUUACCUCUUCAAUCGAAUCGUUAGCAGCGGUUUCGUCAGCACCGCUGACUCCAUGUGA